GUGCUUCGCCACACUAAGCACGUGCUACCGCAUGUGGCUCGCCUGUGCUUGUUGUCGACGUUCGCCGAGGACGGUGUGCGGAUGUGGUACCAGUUCGAGGACCAGCGUGAGUGGAUGAAGGAGAUCUGGAAAGUCAACGUGUUCUUCGCUAAUUUGUUCGUUAUCUUUAACCUCUUCGGUCAAAUCGUACCGUGCAUCCUGAUACUGUUACGAAAGCAGGUGGUGCCGUCGUGCUGCGUCCUCGGUGCCAUCGUCGUUCUGCAGGCGAUCGCGUAUCAGAUCUUUUGGGAUUUCAUGUUUUUAGCCAGGCGAGUUGUUAUUGGUUGCUGUUUGAUAAGCGUCGCUGUUGGUGGUGGUCUGUUGCUGCUUCUAGCUGAAGCCCAGGCGGAUAGCCAAUCGUUGUUCGCCGGCGUGCCGCAGAUGUCCGACACAUAUAAGCCGAAGUCGAUCAUGCAGUUUGCAGGUCGAAUACUGUUGAUCUUCAUGUUUAUUUCAUUGAUGAAGUUCGAGUUGUCGUUCAUCCGCAUUGUCGAGCUCGUGGUAGGUGGCGCCCUGAUGACGUUGGUGUCGAUCGGCUACAAGACGAAGUUGUCGGCGCUGGUGUUGGUCAUCUGGCUGACGUGUCUGAAUUUCUAUCUGAACCCGUGGUGGAAAUAUCCGAAGGAGCGAUACUACGUUGACGUGAUCAAGUAUGACUUUUUCCAGACGCUGUCAGUCAUCGGCGGUCUGCUGUUGGUCAUCCUGCUUGGUCCUGGUGGCGUGUCUAUGGACGACUACAAAAAACGUUGGUGA